AUGGGCUCUUCCAAGUACAACCACCUCGAAGAUGAGGUGACUUUCGGUGCAACCGUCGACACUCCCACCAAGUCCCAGAACCACCUCGCUCCCAAUGUCUUCGACACUCCCAAGUCGCUCAGCCCCGUCGUCACAGUCGACGCCCCAUCGACACCCGACGAGCAAUUGACUCCAUUCUACGCCGCCCCCUCGGCCGAAAUUUCUCGCCAGACUUUGUCCGCCGGCUGCCACAGCGAUAACGACCUCGAGUCCGCCCGUAAGGAGGGCUACUUCAUCACAUCGAACCCCGUCGCCUCAGACCUCAACCUUCCAGCAGACAUGGCCAACGUGUCAGCAGUUCCCACUGGUUCAAGAUUGAGCUUCGACGGCCGCACCAAAGAAUGCACAAUGUGGCCCACCAAGCAGACACUCCGUAACCAGGAUCAGGCCGAACGAGCCAAGCGCAGAGCUGCCAGAUCGUGCGGGUGCAAUGGCAUCAAUGCAUGGUGGAGCAGCAUGAGCAAGAAGCAAAGACUCAUGUUCCAGGUCUUGAUCGCUGCCUUCAUCGUCGCCGUCGCUUGCGGUCUCGGUAUCGGUAUCAGCAAAGCUGUCGGUGCUGGUGUUUUUGCUGGCAAAGGUCAAUCCAAGCCCAUUGCCGACGCAUAA